UACAGAAAAGCCUGUUGACGUCAUACAGGCCAAAGGGAUGAAGCGACAGAUAAUGGACGAGUUUGUCUCCAACAACAAGUUCCUGCAGCUGCCUCGGCUGGUCAACCAGCAGCUUUUUGAUGAGCUGUGCCCUGUGAAGCAGUUCCACCGACGGAGGAAGUACUGUGUGCUGCUGAUCACAGGGGAGGACCAAGCCUUUCUUCCGGGCAACAAGGCUUUCCUCGACUUUGCAUCAUUUAACAGAAAAGACGUGCUGCGGUUUGCUUACGUCUACCAGCGUCAGCAGCAGCCUCUCUGUCAGGCACUGCUCCACAAUCAGGCUGCAGUCUCACCGCAGGUGGUGAUUAUUGAGAGGCGGAGCCACGCUGGCAAGGUCAUGUACCGCUCAGUGAGCGGUGGCUGGAACGGCAGUGAGGAAGAUAAGUACCGCCUCCACGAACAGCUGGAGCUCCUGCAGAAAGACCCCACCUAUCUGAGCUCAGACGCCACCCUGCCCGAACUCAACAACGAGAUGGCGCCUAUUUUUAUUAUUCAGUGGAUGAAUGCUGCCUAUGAUUACAUCGUUCAAAUAUACGAUGACCUUCUCUACUCAAACUGGCGAGAAAUGAUGCCCAUUCUGUCAUUGAUCUUCUCCGCUCUCUUCAUUCUUUUUGGCACCGUCAUCAUUCAGGCCUUCAGUGAGCCAGGUGAGAACAAACCCCGGAAGCCAAAGCCAAAGGAGCAACCACAAACUGAGGAAGAUGCAUCAAGUAGAGCCAAUACUUCAAGCCGUCCUCCUAAGAAGGACUUUGUGGAAGUGACGGAGUUGACCGACAUCACGUACAUCAGCAACCUGGUGAAGCUGAGGCCCGGACACAUCAACGUUGUCCUGGUGCUCACCAACGCCUCCAAGAAUGCUCUGCUCAGGAAAUUUGCCAAGGAGGUCUUUUCUUUCUCUGGGACUCAGACUCUGCACUUCUCCUUCCUCAAUGCUGAUAAGCACCGCCACUGGAUGCCAUCGCUCCUUCGCUCAACCUCUGACACUAUGCAGAGCGAGGGCCAUUCGGACGAGGACGAGGAGUCUCCAGACUACGCCGGCCACGUGCUGGCCCUCAACGGCCACAAGAAAUACUUUUGCCUCUUUAGACCCGUCUUCACAGGGGACGAUCCCAACGACUCCUCGUCCGAGACCUCCUCCGACAGCAGGAGAAAGUCCCGGUCCAGGUCCAGGUCCAGCUCCCACUCUCGGUCCAGGUCCCAUUCCAGGGAGGAUGGGGCAGUACCCAAGAGGGGCUCCAGUAGGGCCACCAGCAUAGAAGUCCACCACAAGCUCGAUAGGCUGGGACUGUGGAUGGAGAGGCUAAUGGAGGGCACCCUUCCCAGAUUACAGGUCCCUGCAUGGCCCUCCCUUAGUGACACCACUAACUCCUUCACAGAGAGCUGAGGUCAAAGUAAAACAAAAACAAAAAGGUUUGAUGGUAGUGGAAACACUUUGUGGUUUUGCAUCCUGAUUACAUUCUUCAGCAAAAAAACAAACAGACUGUAGAACAGUGUUGCAGUUUUCAAAUCAUUAUUUGAGUUAUCUUACGCAGAGGCAGGUUGCUACAGUGAACUGUUGCAACCUGUUUACAGAAUAAUUUUAUCUGUUAGAUCGUGUGAAGCAGAUGGAAGUUGAGGACAUAGAGUAGUGUGCUACCGCAAAGGUACAGGGCCUGCGCUGCAUGAUGCUGCUUAAUGUUUUCUGUAAGGAGGAGGAAAACGGAGACUCUAUAGGAAAACAACAAAAGCUGUAGUACACAUACACACACACAGUCAAUCUUUACACACGUAGAGAUCCUGUUCAAGGUGGUGUACUCAUUCCCCCCAAAAACAGCCAAUAAGCAUCAUGGCACAGACGAAGGCUGCAGCUAGCUGUGUGCGUUACAGAUUAACUCUAGUUCUCUGUGUUGCUUUCCUCUCUUUUUAACUCAUUAUGUGAUAUCAUUCAGCUCGGAAAAAGCGCAAUUAUUUUGCUCUACUCAAGUCCUUUGAACCCACCUAGAGCCUCUCAGCCUAAACACAUCUUUUCGACUGACAGCCUCCGAUCGUGAGUUUUUACGAAUAUAGACGUGGAAACUCAGCCUGAUGCACUUAGUUCAUCUUUGUUUGCUGUUAUAGAUCUGCUGACCUUUUUUGAUUCCAGAC